CUUCGCCGAAAUUCCAUCGUGUUUCUCUCUCUCUCUGUCUCUCUCUCUUUCUCUCUCUCUCUCUCUCUCUCUCUCUCUGUCUCUCUCCUCUCUCUCUCAUUCCUCAUCCCUUCUCCUAUAUCUCCCUUUCUGUCUCUAUUCAACGCACACACGACGAAAGCGAGGAUGCUCGUGACUGUUCGCGGCGAUGCAACGGCACAGCCUGCGUGUUUCCUAAGCGACGACGACGACUCCAGAGAACGUAGUGACUCCAAGAUUUCACCGUGAGAUAACUCGUAGUACAUACACAUACACACACAUAGACAUACAUAGGCGCGUACACGCAUACACGCACACGCAUAGACACAGAAACGGAACAGAGCAACAACAGCAAUUACCCCGUUCGUGAUCGAUAAUGAAGCGUACGACGACGUGCAUCCUGUCUAAGAGAGCCGGAUUUGCUUGCUACAGCAUCGAUUCCGUACUUCGAUUUUCAAGAUAUCGUUCUAUCAUCGAGGACUCCAAACUAGAGUGCUGAAUCGACCAAAAAAAAAGAGAGAAAGGGGAGAGAGAAAAAGAGAGAAAGAGAAAGAAAGAGAGAGUGUGAAAAAGCAUGCCAGGAGGGCGGAACGGUACGGAUCACACGUGCGUACGACCUAUUUCUUAUCUUUUUUCUCUUUCAUUAUUCUCUUUUUCGCGUUCCACUUUAUGAAAUCACUAUUGUUUACGAACGUUUCGUCGAUAGAUAAUCCUUUUCCGAUCGUUCCAAAUAUGAAUGAUCGCCGAAGGGUACUCAGUUUAAUACCCACCCUAUCGUAUUUGUAUGCUUAAUGAUACGAUUAAUGAUAACGUUUAAUAUAUAUCUAUCUACCUAUAUACCUAUAGAGCACCUAUAGAGUUAUUUCAAAUCGAAAUUUGUGCUCGGGAAAUUUCAUCGUACGCUCUCGAUCCGCACGCUAAUGUUAAAGCAAACCGAAUAAAUUUGCAUGGCUAUGAAUAUAAAAACGUGUCCUCCUUAUUCUAUUUUUCUCUUUCUCUUUUUCUCACACAAACACAUGUACACACACACAUACACACCGAUAGAAAUCAAUAUUUCCGGCCGAUAUGGAGGCAGGAUCGAAUUCGAUGAGGUCUUUUCGAUCGACGCUUUGAUUCGAAGAGAAAACUCAUUUCAUCUUUGAGAGAACCUGAACAUAAACUUCGAAGGAGUACGCGUUCUUCAGAAUGUCCUUCUUCGGCUGGAAAAGAGGCGGUAGUGAUACUUCCGAUAAUACUGGAAGAAAUUUACAGGAUGGCCUCUUUCAAAUAGCCUCGCAAGCUUGUCACAUACUCGUACAGGUCAGCGAUACAUAUACGAUCGCGGCCAUACGUGACUCAAGUGUAGCUGAUAAGAUGAUUCCAACGCAGACGUUUACUUUGCCUUUCCUCGUAAACAAUACGCAUAAUGUUUCUUACGGAGGAGGAAGCAAUAAUGUAACGAACGUUGCAUAUUCGAAAUAUUCGACCGCGGGUGGAUCGACCGCACUAUCGACAUCCACUUCGGUACGAGGAACAUCUUCAGGCAAACCGUAUCCGAAAUAUGCCGAACCACGGACUAAGGACCAAGACGUUGUGGUUCUGUUACCGCAUAGGAAGAGCAGGACACCCAGAAUCAAACACAAAUUAUCGACGGUCUCUGAAAAUGCAAGAUUGGACGUUAAUUCGUCGGCAGGUGAUGACGAUUUAGAGUUAUGGGACCAAUCUGGAUUCAUGCUGCGAACCGACGUAGACGAUCCUCUCACUAACGCGAAGUGGGGCGCACAAGGAUGGUGCAGACCAAGUUGCAUACCAAUAACAGUUAUCUUGAUACUCAUCGUUCUCGUCGUACUGUUACCCCUUCUUGAUCAUGCCACGGAUAAAUUUGUAUUAAAUUCGACGAGCAUCGAUGCCGAACUAACUUGUAUGGAUAGCUGUAGUAUAUCUCUCGUUGAAUCCAUACCGAUUGGAUUGAAUUAUAGCAAUAAUACGGUGUUACACGAGACUACCUACGACUCUUGGAUGAAUCUAAUCGCAAUGGCCGAAAACACGAUAGAGAUAGCGUCCUUGUAUUGGACCAUGAGAAGACAGGACGUUUAUCCGGAUGAUAGUGCGAAAGAGGGUGAGGCCGUAUUUCAAGCGCUCAUAGAAGCAGGUCGGGAUAGAAAAAUUUCAUUGAAGAUAGCGCAAAACAUGCCUUCUCAUUUGUAUCCGAAUGUCGAUACCGAAAUAUUGACUAAGAAAGCACAUGCACAAGUAAGAAGUUUGAAUUUUGCCGGCCUUUUAGGUGGAGGUGUGCUUCAUACUAAAUUAUGGCUAAUAGAUAGACAACACGUAUAUGUUGGUUCGGCUAACAUGGAUUGGCGAUCUCUUACGCAAGUGAAAGAACUUGGAUUGAUAGCUUUAAAUUGUUCUUGUUUGGCGACAGACUAUGCUAAGAUUUUCGACAUCUAUUGGCAAUUGGGCAAAGAUGGCAGAAUACCACCAACGUGGCCGGACUCCGUCAACACGAAAAUAAAUAUUGAUAAUCCUAUGAAUUUUAGCUUAAUGGGUAACAAGUACAAAACGUUUAUUGCUAGUUCGCCACCUCCAUUUUCACCCAGUGGUAGAAGCAACGAUAUAGAUGCCAUUUUACAUUGCAUAGAAAAAGCUGAAAAAUUCAUUUACAUUUCCGUAAUGGAUUAUUUUCCUUUGAUUAUUUAUACUCCAAAAGUAAAGUAUUGGCCUGUAAUAGACAACGCUUUAAGGGCAGCUGCUAUCGAGCGUAAAGUCACGAUCAAACUUUUAAUAUCACUGUGGAAACAUUCGAGAGCAUCUGAGAGUUACUUUCUUAAAUCAUUGGAAAAACUGACGAAUAGUUACAGAAAUGUCAAAAUUGAAAUAAAACGGUUUGUAGUUCCCAGUUCUUCAGAAUUAGACAAUAUACCAUUUUCAAGAGUAAAUCAUAACAAAUAUAUGGUUACCGAUAUCUCUGCAUACAUAGGUACAAGUAAUUGGUCUGGUGACUACUUUAUAAACACAGCAGGAAUUGGGACGGUUUUUGAAGAUGUUGGCCAUAAAAAUCAUGGAAGUAUAAGACAACAAUUGGAAAAUAUUUUUAAUCGAGAUUGGAAUUCAAAGUAUUCAUUUCUGUUGAAUAAUACUGAUCAAGUCUCAGAAAAACGAAAAAUUCCGAUUGAAAACAAUUAUCUAUUAUCAUCUCAUAUUUAUCAUAUGCCUGCAUAAUCAUAACAAGUUGCAGUUACUAUAUAAAAUUUUAAAUAUAUAUAAGAAAAAAAAUAAUCUAACUUCCUACCUUAAUAUAAUUUCUUCUAUAUGAUAUAUUUCUCUUUUCUUAUAUGAUAAAUUUAAUUAUUCUUAUACAUCUACCAACUUCAGGAGAAAGAAGGUAUACCUUCUUCAUAAUAAUUAAUCAAAUAUUGGAGACUGAGAAAGGUCUGGUUUUAAAAUAAGCUGUACUGAAAAAUUUUCAAACGCACAUCAUGUAAAAAAAGAUAUCCUGUUGAAAGUAUGCUAAGUGUGGCUUCUUCCAUUUAAUUGUGUCGUUAUAUUUUUAUACUUAUAUGAGAUUAUAUUUGCUAAUUUAAAUUCUAAGUCAGAGUACUGAUCUCUAAUCUAAUAAAAAUAUGUGUAAUAUAUAAAUAAUAUGGUCUUUAUUUUAAUUAAAAAACGGAUAUAAAUUCUAUAUUUGCUAUAUUUAUAAUUGUAAAGAACAACACAAAACCACUGGCUACCAUUAUCAAACAUAUGGCUGGAAAAUGCAACUACGUUUUAUUAAAACACGACUAUUCCUAAACAGUGGAAGAUCUAUUAAAUGUUAAAUAUUACCAAUUUUUUACGUGAUAUUAUAAUUAAUGAAGUAAUGCCACAAAUAUAUCUGUGCCUUGCUUUAAGUGUCCUUGCAUGAAUAUUCAUACAGCCAACAUUCAAAAAAUGAUACACAUACACACACAAUUCAUAAAAUUUACAGAAAUUAUUAUUAAUAUAUUUUCUAUGAGAUAUAUGUGAUUAAUACUAAUUAAAGUAAUGACGACAUAAGAUCUUCAAAAAUUUAUCAUUUCCUAUUUUAUCAUUCUAAUAUGAGUCUUAUUUAAGAAUUAAUCAGGUGCAUUUGUAUAUAUACGUUUUCAUGAAAAUAACUUACAUUUUGAUGCAGAAUGUAUUGAUGUAUGAUAUUUGCACAAAAACAUUAUAUUUAAAAUGUGAAUCUCCGCAUAGAAAAGUUACAAUUAUAUAUAUGUGUGUGUGUGUAUGUAUGUAUGUAUAUAUAUGUCAUCUGAGAUAUUAAAUACUUCCUCUACAUUAUUUCGAUUAAUAAAGCUAUACAUAAGACACCUUGUAUAUAAACUCAAUGAAUUGAAAAUGAAAUAUUUAAAUCAUUAUAAAUUCUAUCAUUAUAAUUAUAAGACAUACGCCUAACAAUAUAAUAUAUUAAAGUAUAUACUAUAUACACGGAAUGUUAUAUGGUUGUUGCAAGUUUAUUAUCUUCAAAUGUAUAUAUGUAUGUAUGUCGAAAUGUAUGUAUGUUCAUUUAAGAAUGUGCAGGUGUACAAGGUAUAUACAUAUUUAUGAUAAAUAUCUCUGUUGUAAAUCAUAUUAAAAAAAUAUGUAAGAAUUCUAUAGAUUUGUUCAAUUAGAAUCUUCAAUUUUGCAAUCGAAUAAAUGUUGAAAAAUGAGAAUAAUUUUUCAAUAUUACAAAUGAGUACAUCAUAAUCCAAAAAUGUACCAAAUCAAAAAGUAUUAAACGUUGGUAAAAGUUAAUACAAAUUAGUUAUAAAAUUA